AUGCCUGGCAGUCGCAAGAUGCUAGAUUCAUCUUCAGAGAAGAAAGAAUCAAACAACCCUACGCCUGAGAGCACUGACGAUUACGAGCUGCACCAGACCAGCAAAUCGAGCGAGCCUUCAACAAACACCUCGUACAAAGUGACGACUAGUAGAACCAAAAUGGGGAAGGCGGCACACGCUCGAAGGGCCAGCUUCGAGGUUGACUCACGCCCUACGUCCUCUACGAGCAGCCGCAUCUCACUGACGGGCCAAUCGGUUGACUCUCGCGGGGGAACGUCGCUUACCAGGACUGACGACGACCGAUUAAGUCACAGAUCUGAUGCUGGUUUCCGGUCCUCCACAUGUUGCCGGAAAGGCACUCCUCAUCAGGUCAGCCUAUGUUUUUCGGAUCCAGAUACGCUUGGCACGACGCGAACCAAGCUCUUCGAGUCUCGCUCCCUCGUUGCUCACGAUGCGCAUGAGCAGAGGGAGCUGCUGUUCAGCUACGUGGUGGUCGCGCUCACCGUGCUCGCACUGUGCGCAAUACUCACCGCCAUACUGGUGCUCGCGGUGCCCACAGAUCUACACAACACCGUCUGCACGACGGCGGCAUGCACUGCGCUGGACUCCCUGCUGGCUGCUAGCGUGGACAAAACUCGAGAUCCAUGUGUCAACUUCUACGCGCAUGUAUGCAGUGGCUGGGCGCAGACUCAGAACCAGUCGGUGUACCGAAGUCACCUUGAAGAAUUCCUUGCACACGUGCACUGGAUCUUCCAGCGCGUGCACGUUCCUUCCCAGGCGCAGACGGCACAGCAGAUGGUUGCCGCUUUCUACCAGACGUGCACGGCCGUGCUGGUUGACGGCACCAACGAGCUGUCCGCCUUCCGCCACCAUCUCCGUAUGGCGGGAGUGACAUGGCCUCACAUGUCCGCCGAGCCAGACCUCAUCACUACAGUGGCUUCAGUGUAUGCUGCCUUUCAAGUAACGGCGAUGCUGCGCGUACGGCUCUCUAGGCGCAACGCGAGCAACGUACUCGAAGUCGCGCCCGAUAUGGCAUUCCUCCGCGGGUGGCAGGCCACUCGCCAACAGCUCAUACAUGCUGGCGCCUAUGCGCGUUUCUUCGAGCAGACCAAGACUAAGUAUGCCGGACACGAGAAGCCUGCAAAUUCCGCGCUCAGCUACGAAAUGUUCGUCAAAGUAGAGGACACCGUUCUAGAGGCAUUAUUAGCUCACCGGGGACAAUCAGGCGACGAAGUCCAAAUCAGCCCCAUCGACAGGCUCGCUCAAAUCACCAGGCACGUUCCCACAACAACAUGGCGCAUGGUCGUCGACAAACUAGGGCUCCCAGAUAGUGUGCUCGUCUUCAUCGUAAACUUGGAGCUCAUUAAGGAGGUGGACGAGCUCUUUGCUACACUUGGUGAGCAGCGCCUCCAUUACUACUUGGGAUGGUGCGUGGUGCAACAAAUGAUGCGCUACAUCGGCAAGGAUCUCGCGAGCAGCUGGCAUGACUACGAGGGCACCAGAGCAGGAACGAGCAUGGCAAGCGAAUGGCGCGCGCGAGCAGAGUGUAUGCACUUGAGCGAGAAACUUGUGGGCCAAUUCACCUUCGGUAGUUUCAUCAGCCGGGAAACAGCGGCCGAAGACUUCACAUACGUUUCCUCCAUGGUGCGCGCCAUCUCCGGCCAACUGAUACACGUAAAGCGGAGCGGGUCUGAGAGUGUCCACAGUGACCAGCUCACUGUAGACGAGGCCGACUUCCACGUCGAGUUCCACGAAGCGACCAUGCGGGUCGUAGAUGAGGCGCUCGCGAACCAUGGCCUGUCCAACCGAUCAUCACUGCUUAGCAAUUGGAUGGACAUCACUGCUGCGGUGGGCAGCAUUAACACGACGUUCAGGGAUAGGAUACCAACCACAUACACCCGCGACCUCGUAGCAAAACAACGGUACGACCUCUACGACUACCGAAGUGGGACACUCACGCUCCCUCCCUUCUUUGCGAUGCUUCCAGUCUACACGCGACACUUGACUGACACGGCCAAUUUUGGCGCUCUCGGCACGCUGUUCGCCACCGCCAUCUUCCGGCUUUUCGUUGCCAAGCUCGCCAGGUACUUGCCAAGUAUCAAGUUUGACGAGGAUCUGAGAAGGCUUCCCUGCUUCAGCGAGUUAGCUGUUCAUACUAGGGACUACAUUGAAGUCUAUUACCACGCCGCGUCUAUCCGUCUGGCACUGAUGGCGCUGCGGUCCCUUCCAAAAAAAGACCACCAGCGACUUCGAAUGUUUGACAGAGACCGGCUUUUUUUCGUCCUGAUGUGCUAUCUCCUCUGCACAUCCAACACUUCAGAGGACACCAUCUACGCUGAAACCGUCUGCAACGAAGCCGCCAAGAACAGCCUAGAAUUUUCCGUGGCAUUUCGAUGUUCUCGGGGGGCGCUUAUGAAUCCGUGGGAAAGGUGUAAUUUAUAG